AUGUCGACGCUUCCUUCACAAUUCCACAGGCUAGCUGUGGGUUCAUAUGGGCGCGGAAUGAGCUCACGAGCGCCUACCUCGCAUGGGCGUCAGGAUGUCACCGACUCCUUGCCACCGCCGCGCUCGACGCGAAAGACAUGGCUCAUCCUUCCCACGACGCUAGUCCUACUGUGCGGUACUGGAUAUUUGACGUACCAGUAUAACCAGCCUUUCCGCCAUACCAUGCUUGCGAUCGUUCGGUGUUCUAGGGUCGCCGAGGCGGCGAUACUGGGCGCCAUAGACUAUAAAGUCACAUUUGCAAAAAGCUACGAGUCAGACGAAGCCUUGCAGGACGCACAUUCGAGAUGUCAUAAACGAAGUGCGGAGAGGGUUUUGACAGCUCUCUUGGCCAACGGAGGAAUAUUCAUCAAGAUGGGCCAACAUAUAGCGUCUCUCGUAGUGCUUCCCAUAGAAUGGACGAGCACGAUGCGUCCGUUGCAAGAUAAAUGCGAACCAACACUUUAUGAAGAUGUGGAAGAUCUAUUCGUGACGGACAUGGCUAGACCACUCUCAGACUACUUCGACGAUUUUGAUCCUGUGCCCAUCGGCGUAGCUAGUCUGGCGCAGGUACAUGUCGCACGGUGGAAGGAAACGGGCGAAAAAGUAGCAGUGAAGCUUCAACACCCUCAUCUUGCCGAGUUUUGCGAGAUUGACAUGGAGAUGGUCGAAGUAUCCCUUGGUUGGAUAAAGCACUGGUUUCCUGAGUUUGAGUUCACUUGGCUAGGGGAAGAAAUGCGGGAAAAUCUGCCUAAGGAGAUGGACUUCACCCAUGAAGCCCGCAAUGGGCAACGAGCAGCUGAUGAAUUCGACAAUUUCCGGACUUCACUAUACAUCCCCAAGGUUUUGCACGCUGACAAGCGCGUGUUGGUCAUGGAGUUUAUACAAGGAGGCAGAGUCGACGAUCGCGAGUACUUGUCGGAGCACAAUAUUGACAGGAACAAGGUCGCGAUAGAGCUGGCACGGAUCUUUGGACAAAUGGUUCACUUGAAUGGCUGGUUCCAUGCAGACCCGCAUCCAGGUAAUUUACUGAUUAGGCCCGCACCGGGGACCUCGAAGUCGCCAUACAACUUUGAGAUCGUCCUUCUGGACCAUGGUCUUUACUUUGACCUUGACCAAGAACUGCGGAUAAACUACAGCAAAUUCUGGCUUGCCUUGAUCGCUCCUGCAACUCCUGCGACUCUAGCCGACCGCAAGAAGUACGCGCGACUUGUGGGGAACAUAGACGACGAACUCUACCCCGUCUUCGAGGCAGCUUUGACAGGAAGAGCUGUUCUAAAAGACUCACCAGUCGACCCUGAUAAGGCGGAGAAUACCACGUUCAGACGCGCUUCCAGCAUGAUAGACAUCACUGCGCAGACAGAGCAAGAGAUGGAGGCGAUCCGAAAAGCUGUCGUCGAACAGGAGGGCCUUCUACUGUCCGUGUUUGAUGUGUUGCGGAGAGUGCCACGGCGUGUCCUCAUGGUACUAAAGCUGAAUGACUUAACCAGGAGUCUCGACCGUGCGCUUGCAACAACCCACUCAAACGUCCGAGUAUUCCUCGUUACAGCCAAGUACUGUACGCUAGCAGUCUGGGAAGAUACACGACGACAGCUUAUAUCACAGAUGCGCGAAAGAGGUCUCGUGUCUCUGGGUCUGCUAUUCGAUUACUUCUCAGCGUGGUGGCAUUAUCAGAAGAUGUAUAGAUCUUUGGCUGCUGCAGAAACAUGGAUGGAUCUGGAGGCGUAUUUGGUCAAGACCAAGGCAUGGGUCUGGGGGUUGUAUGCAGUAGGUGGACUGCAGGGAGCUCACAAGGCUGCGGCUGGGCUGGCUUGA